AUGCCGUGCUGCCUAUCAAAGGGCGAAUCAGCCUUGGUCGCAUAUGCGAAGACGGGGGUUCGGCAUGUUGACCAGGGCCCACAGAGACUAUUCCCGAUGUACACAGUGUCCUUGGACGUUCUGCUCAAGAUGGUGAUGGUCGAGCCGCACGAAAAGCUCAAGGCUAAAGGUCUUCUUGUGGAGUAUUUGAACCGCAUGGGCAGGGCCGUCUUCGUGUCUCAUCAGUGGGCCCGUAAGAAUCAUCCCGACCCGGACUUCAGGCAAUUCCGAGUUUUGCAAGAUGCACUCAAGCAUGCCAUGUACAACUUGCACACAAUCUGUAUAGACUUGAAGACACAGGCACUGGGCACCGGUGCGCAGGACCUCCCAACAUCAGAGCUCUUUUCUGAGGCGCUGUACUUCUGGUACGAUUACUUCUCUGCCCCGCAGUUGGAAAGUGUGCAUACUGGCAGUAAGACUUCAAAUCUUGCUGAUGCCAUCAACAGCAUCCCUACCUACGUAGCCGAGUGUUCCUUCUUCUUCGCGCUCUGCCCGAUAGUGGAGGAUCCAGAUCAGGAACGAGUACUUUCACCCCAAUCAUGGGGUCGUCGCGGCUGGUGCCGCGUUGAAAGGGUAUGCCGUGAACUUGGUCAGGAUGUGUCUUGGAUUUUGAUCAAGAGCUCCACCUCCCUUGAGCUCAUCGUAGCAACAGGAGGUGGAGGCUUGGGUGGAGGGCCAGCUGGUGAGGCGGAAUUCAGCGUGGAUGAGGACCGCAAGACAUUAGGGCCCGUUGUAAAAGGCGCUUUACAUCGGAAGUUGUGGAAGUUGCUGGAAGCUCAGGAUUUUGUGAAUUAUCGUCUCUUGCUGAACCUCCAGUCCUUCUACCUCAGAGGUUUACCUGUGGAUGCGGAGCAUGAGAUCAUCCCAGGUUUUGAAGCUAACAGGCGACCAGGCUCUCCAUCUCUAGUGGUGCAGAAGUUUCUUUACCAGAACGGCUUCCUUUCAGCCACUGAGAUGGACAGCAAUGGCUGGGCACCAGUGCACUACGCAGCCCUACAUGGAGAUGCAGCCAUCAUGCAUGGAUUACUUGAGCUCCGGGCCGACCCUAACUGUAACACGGAGAAGGACCAGAAGAGAGUUGGAGCUCCACCUGGGAUCCCGGCAUUGAACCUCUGCCUCUUCUUCAAUAACAACGAUGCAGCUCGACAGCUGAUCUUCGCAAGAGCUGAGGUGAGUUAUGAGGGCACCGUCGCAGUACCCCUGCACGUGGCAGUUGAGGCUGACAACGUCGAAGGCAUUCGCAUGCUCCUUGAGGCGGGUUGCGACGUCCACGUCACCAAUGUUUUCGGCAACCAUGGGACUGCCGUAACCCAAGCGCUCAUGUGCGGAUCCGUCGUGGCUCUUAAGGAGAUCCUCCGUGCCGGCUUCCGCGUGGAUUUCUCGAAGUCCGGUGGGCUGAACUACGCCAUGUUCCUCCGUGGCGGAAGCGCCGAGAUGGUCUGCAAGCUCGUGAACCUAAGAGCGGACGUGAACCAGGUCUUUGACGCCUGGGGUGACUCCACCCUCUUGGGGAUUCUCACCUCAGCUGCUUCCUUUGCAUACAGAUGUGGCAGUGUGACCUCCUUCUCCAAGUUUGGGUACCACUCACAGGGCGCCACGCCCUUGAUGUUUGCCAUCAUUACGGCGCAGUACUCAGGUGCAGCGGCUCUCGUUGCGGAGGGCGCAGACUUGAGCUGCAGGAAUGCGCGAGGCUACUCCGUGGCAGAUCUUGCACGAGAGUUCCCGGUGCCAGAUUUUCUGAUGCGAGCUCUCGAAGGUGAUCCAACAGAAUGCAAGCGUUUGUACCAACUAGAGUCUCGAGGUAGUCUGGUUGGCAUGUAG